UUAAAAGCGCGGCGGCGGAGGAGGAGCAGGCGGCACACCGAUAGGGCUGACAGGCAGUGGCAGCCGUCCUCGCCGCUGCUCGGCCUUCUUUGUGCCCUCCCCGGCGCGCCCAGGCGGUAGGGCAGAGCGGGCUGGGCUGGGAAUUCCUUCCCCGCGCAGCCGAGUUUGCCUUCUUCACCUCCCAGCGUCGCCUCGGCCCCUGCCAGCCGAGCUCCCGACAGCCGGCCGGGAGCGCGGGAGGGGCCCUGCGCAGCGCCGCGCCCUCCCGCUGCAUGUGACCGCCGGGCGGUAGCGGCCUCCUCCCCCGCGGAUCUCGUCUGCAUCUUCCUCCGCCACCAGUGAGGCGGAGACGGGGCGCGGGGCGCCCGGCAGCGGGGGACGGAGGCGCAGUGGCGCGGCGUACAGACAAAGAAUCGGGCGCCGCCGUGGGCAGCGGUUCACAUAACACUAGGGACCAAAGAAGCAUGUGUGGCAUUUCUGUGGUGUCAGCCUUCUGAAAGAAGAUUCUAACUUUUUGCCUUCAACCUGUUUGUCCUGGGACUGACUUGUCUUUGGAGAAGAUCUCAACGGAGGAAAAACAUUUUUCACAUUGGAAUCAUUAUAAGUAAACCUAUUUAAAGGACUUGCUACCUGGAGACAGAUUUCCUGCUUUUCAUCUGCGUUCCCACUUCAGACUGUAAAAAAUGAGCGAGUUUUGGUUGUGUUUCAACUGCUGUAUUGCGGAACAGCCUCAGCCUAAAAGACGGCGACGUAUCGACCGAAGCAUGAUUGGGGAGCCUACGAACUUUGUUCACACAGCUCAUGUGGGAUCGGGAGACUUGUUCAGUGGAAUGAAUUCGGUCAGCUCAAUUCAGAACCAAAUGCAAUCCAAGGGAGGCUAUGGAGGUGGGAUGUCUGCAAAUGUUCAAAUGCAGCUUGUAGAUACAAAAGCAGGAUAACCUUGGGGAUACUUUUCCAGUUUAUGUGAGUUCCCGUAUCUUUCCUGUGUGCCCUCUUUUGCCUUGGUGACUGCUUUCUGUGCUCAUGAUGAGAGAAGUGAUGGCUCGUUGUUCACCUAUUGUGAUUACUCCAAUUAAAAGUUGCUGUUCUGCUCUGAUGAUGCCAUUUAUCAGAUUGGUCCAACUGUGCCUUUCAGUGGCAUGCACACAUUGGCCUUUACCAGAAUCAUGGUCCUAGGGCUAUGUAGAAUUGGGUUUAGCUUUUUGUUUGUUUUAAGGCAAAUUAAAGCAUCAACCUUAGCUUUCCUCACCCCUUACAAAUACUAAUGUGCAACACUUUUUUGCUCUUUAAUAUUUUAAAUCAUUUCUCCACUUAAAUAAUUUAGAAGUGAGUGAGUUUAUAUUAAUGUCUUCAAUCAUCUGUUUUUCAUACCCAAUUUUGAAGGGUCUGAGACUUGCAAGCACAAAUUAUUAUUUCAUAUGAAAUCAGCGAAGUAGAUGCCCACAUGCUUUGUGAGAUUGUGUUGUUUGGUGGCCUGCUUGGUGCUGGAAGAGAAAAAGAUAAAAUUGCUUACUGCAGACUGGUGAAAAGUUUUGCUGUUGGCACUGAGUCAUGCCUGUUUCUGACAAAGGACUUUUAAUUUAGCUGCUUUAGAGUUAGGUUCUUAUUUUAGUUUUUAUCUUAACUGGUCUUGAAAUAAAGAGAGAGCUUGCAUUCAUGAGGCAUUUGUUGUAAAUUUUUAGUAUAUUUAUUUUUUAAAAGCUGACCUUGAGACUGUAAACCAGUGUAGUGCCCUAUCUAGGUGUUGUGGAAGUGCUUUAGUCUAUUUUAAAAAGCAAAGCAUCAUGUUUACCUGCUGUUCUUACUUUCUACAGUUUCUCUUAAUUUUAGGCUGUAUGGUCAUUCUCAGUAGCAGCAUGUCAGGCGGUAGCAGCAUGUCUGCAGUAUUAGCUGAAAAGGUUUUGUACACCUCUCCGAGUAGUUGGCAGUUUCUGUGUACUAGUUAUUUCAGGACCAUGGAAGUUGCUAAGAGGAACAUACUAAUCUGGCUGAACAGAUGCCAAGGAAACCACCAUACAGGGUGACUUUUUAACAAAGUCAGUAAAAUGCCUUUUGCUCAGGUUCCAAAGCAUGUUUAUUUUGUCCUUUGAGAAAUUGUAUUUUAAUAUUGCACUGUUUUCAGAUCCCUUUUUGCCCUCCUUCUUGAUGCUUUGAGAGAACUCAAUGGAUUUUAUUCCUCAUUGAGUUAGCUUUUUAUGCGGAAGAAGACCACCUAACAUCCAAACAAAUGAGGCAUGACUGAGCCUAGUCAGACCCAUUUUUACAUGUAAACACUUGUGUUUGCUUAUGAGUUACAGCAUAUGCUCAUAAGUAUAGAUCACACUCAUAAAUGAUUCUUUAUUCUUUUUCCAUCCUUCCCCUGAUUUUGUAUUGGAACAGCUGUCUCAUUGAUUUAGACAUGCAUGAACCUACCUACUUUCCUCUCUGUGAACAGCCUAGAAAAUGUAGAGCCAUGGAGAUAGUUUGCAUUUCCUAAGUUUUAUUCCAGUGGUGGGUGUUAAUUAUCUGGCUGAGUAGCUCAAAUUAGGUUGGAUAGUCAUAUACCAAUAGAGGUACUGAUUUGUGACAACAGAAGAUCAAGAUGCUCAAUUGUCUGGAUGCACAAAUGCAUGGCAGUGCAGUGAUACAUUUUUUUUUAGGGGUCAACAUUUCCAAUGCCACUUCAUCAAAGAGUCUUAAAUAUACUAUGGUUACAAAAUUAUCUGAACUUUUCAUUGGUGAUAGCAGCUUAAACUUGCUUGCCAAACCUGUCUUGCACUUGUCAAAAUGUUUUCAGCUCAAUAGCCAGGAAAAAGAAAUUGACGUAUUUUUAUAACAGACAUACUUUUUUUGUACAUUGUGUUCAUUCUUGAAUAAAGUCACUUCAGUGUUGGCCUGUAGAUACUAAAAGGAAAGUGUUGACUUGGAUUCAAUAAAUAUUUGCUUUUUGGUGGCCUACCCUUUUCUGUAAAUUACAUUUGCAGUCUACAGAUGAAUCUGUGGUGAAAGUUCUCUGAAGUGUAACCUCUUAGUGUCAAUAAGGAAUUUGCAGGUUUUUUCAUGCCCUUGACCCUUUUGUUGCCAAGUGGAUUAAGCUGUAAUUUUAUUGGCAGUUCUUUUGCAUUGAUUUAGCAUGUAUACUUGGGGAUUCUGCAAGGAUUCUUCAGAAGAAGAUUCUUGAAAAAUAAAUUGUAUACAUGAUUUCUUUCCUUUUCACUGCGACUCUUAUGUGUGUUACUUUCUUGAUUGUGAUGCGAAAUAGUGUGGUGAUCACUAGAAUACUUAAUUGUAUGACUAAUCAUCGUGAUAUGCACAUCUGCAUUAAAUAUACUUGUAAGGCACAA